GGAAGCGGUCAUAGUUGAAAGGUUACGUCUAAUAUGGCGGCCAACAAACGAGUUCUGUAUGUCGGUGGCUUGGCUGAGGAGGUGGAUGAAAAGGUGUUGCAUGCAGCUUUUAUUCCCUUUGGAGACAUCAUAGACAUCCAGAUACCACUUGACUAUGAAACAGAAAAGCACAGAGGGUUUGCAUUCAUUGAGUUUGAGCUGGCAGAGGAUGCAGCUGCAGCUAUCGAUAACAUGAAUGAGUCUGAGCUUUUUGGACGGACCAUCCGUGUCAACAUUGCAAAGCCAAUGAGAAUCAAAGAGGGUUCUUCUCGACCAGUGUGGUCGGAUGACGACUGGCUGAAGAAGUUCUCAGGGAAAACGGUAGAGGAAGCUGAGGCAGAGGCAGCAUCUGGAGAAGCGACCACCACAACACAGGAAGGUGAGCCUCCAGCUAAGAAGGGCAGAGUGAAUCCACAGGUCUACAUGGAUAUAAAGAUCGGCAACAAGCCAGCAGGGAGACUGCGCUUCCUCCUCCGGGCCGACAUUGUCCCAAUGACAGUAGAGAACUUCCGCUGCUUGUGCACACAUGAAAAGGGGUUUGGCUACAAAGGCAGCAGCUUCCAUCGCAUUAUCCCUCAGUUCAUGUGCCAAGGAGGAGACUUCACCAACCACAACGGCACCGGCGGGAAAUCCAUCUACGGCAAAAAGUUUGAUGACGAGAACUUUGUCCUCAAACACACCGCUCCAGGGCAACUCUCCAUGGCAAACUCUGGGUCAAACACAAACGGCUCUCAGUUCUUCAUCACAACAGACAAAACGGACUGGCUGGAUGGGAAACAUGUUGUGUUUGGCGAUCUGGUGGAGGGGAUGGAUGUGCUGCGUGCAAUGGAAGCUCAGGGAACGAAGGAUGGCAAACCAAAACAGAAAGUGAUCAUCUCAGACUGUGGAGAAUAUGUAUGAAUGAGUUAAAAAAAAACAGGGUUUGCUUGUUUGUCUGUGUCUGAUGACAGAUGUUUGUCUAAGACAAUAUUUUUUUUAACUGAAAUCCAUUUUGUUAUGUAAAUAUUUCAAUAAACACAUUUUUUAUAACUAAAUCACAGGUUAGUAAGCAUUUUCAAUAAUUGCAAUGUCAUCUAUUUAUGCCUGAAACUGAAGUUGCAUAGAAACUAUGCAAGAGGUGUUAUCACUACUAAUUUUUAAAAAUUAUUUAAAUUGCAAGAGAGAGAUCUUAAGAUUUACCCAACCUGUCACAGAAAAUGCAAUAUGUUCCUGUUUCUUUAGAUCAGUAUAUCGAAAAACACAGAUCAGGACAGUUUGACAGACAUGCUAAAACUCCUUUAUUGAUUCCUUUGCCCUCUUAAGAUUUGAUUUCCAAAUACUGAUCAUCUGCUAGCAGAUGUUUUAGCUCUGAAUUAUUUUCUUUUGUCCUUAUCUUUGCCUUCCUUUUUGGUCAUUAAACACAAAAUUCUGCCUCAUCUAAGUGACAAGAACUGGAAAGAAGUUGAGUGACAGAUCAUACAAAGUUUGUAGAAAAACUUUGAAAGACCCACAUAAAGUCUGGCUACUUAAUAACUUUUCACUGUCCUGCAUAAAUGUUUACCAUCUUAUUGCACUGACGCAGCAAUAAAAUGUUUUAACUGGCUUGCAUCACUAGUUACCAGUUGCCUAUAAUCCAAAUUGUAACCACAAAGGAUGCGAACAAAGUACUCAUUCAUUUACAAUCAUUCCCCAGAGACUUAAUGGAGAGACUUAUGUUGCUAAGCCAGAAUAAUGCUGCAUGUCUCUAGAUUCUGAAUUUCAUGCUGGAGAGAUUCAGCAUAAUGACUCUUUCCAAUUUCAUUAUGCACUGAGAUCCCUCAAAGUUAUGUGCUCAGUCCAUUUCUUUUAACACUUAACGUAUAACUGUACUUGCACAUCAGAAUUUGAUCUAUAAAGUUCCUUAUAAUAUGGUUGUAAUUUUGCUCAGUGUAAAAGUAAUAAUUGAACCAACAAGGAAUGAAGUCUGGUUCACCUUUAAUGAUUGAUCUCGCCUGAAUAAUACCACUGGGAUUGUGAACUGGACCCAGCAGAGAUUGCACUUUCCAAGGAAAUAAAAACCAGCAUAGCCUAGCAGCACCCUUUUAACGCUGAGUUUUGAGAUUAUGUUGAUAUGACGAUCAGACCUAUUCAAAUUCAAACUGAUGAACUGAAACGGGCACAUUUAAAAAAGUAGAAUGUCAUUGAAAAGGUAAUUUAUUUCAGUAAUUGAAUUCAAAAAGCCAAACUCAUUAGAUGGUGAUCACACACUAAUGGAUAUAUUUCUAGUGUUUAUUUCUGCUUCUUUUGACUACUUUGUCUAGCAGCCAAAGUAGUCCAAAAAAUCAGUUUGUUGUGCUAAAAAGAUUAUAUCACACAAUAAAAAAGAAAUUUACUUUUAAUUAAGAAAUGUACUAAAAGCCAUAUGCAUUCAGUUCUUCAUUUGUUUUCAUCAAUGUAGAGUCGCACAUUAUAGAGGCUGCAAGGUUGUAGCACUGAUUAGGUAUUAGGUAAACACUAGAGUGCACCGAUGGCAGUUUUCUGGCCGAUUACCAAUCUUUUAAAAAGCCUAACUUACCAAUUCUAAUUCUGGCUGGUACCAUUUUUUGUCUGAAAAGUUGCUUAAUAUAUCAAGAAAGUUGCUGAAUUGGCAACAAUGGGGUGACUAUUGUUAACUGUAAAUGUGCAAACAUGACCUGGUUGGUCGGUUUGUCAGUCAAACCACAAUCACAGCAGAAAAGAAAAGCACAGUGGUUGACUUUUAGACCUUUGCCGAGGUUGAUAACAUUGAUGGAUAAGAUGGGCUUCACAUGUAAAAAUCAGCUGAUCACCGAUCUCCCAAAAUUGAGGAAAUCGGCACCGAUAAAUCGGUUCACCCCUAGUAAACACAGUCAGGAGAGUUUGGUUGCAAAGUGAGUUAAUCGGGUGCCUGCAUUGGGUCUGGCUGAUAAAUUAAGACACUUGGCUUUGAAUCAAAACGAAUCAUGUCUCUCUGUGGAACCUUUAUGCUGGAUUUCAAUGCAGUGCCUUUCUACACUUCCUCCAAAUUCUGUGACUUUUAUUUCUAAAUCAAAUGCAUUUCAUUGACUUAAAUUUUAAGUGAGAAUUUUGUACCACGGAACAACAGUCCAGGCAAUGGUUUUCACCUUUUCUACAACACUUCUUCCUUCCACUAAACCUUCCUGUAAUGUGCUUUGAUACAACUUGUAGCUUGUCUAUUGGUGUCA